GGCCCUUUCCGCGCCGCUCUCCCCGCCGGGAGUUGUGGUCCUGCCGCCGCCGUGGCCGCUCCGUGGAGCCCGGCAGGGACUCGGUGUCCCGGCGCGCCGCGGGCGGCGGGGCAGAGGAGGCAGCAGGAAAACGCACAGUGUGUUUGAGCAGCACCAGGAUGGAGGAGCCCACUGGGAACCUUCCCACCCGGAGAGACGUCAUUCUUUCCGAGUCGUGCUGGGAUCACAUCACCAUAACAAACCUGGUGGAAGUGCUGAGAUCUUUGGUGGCUUUAACUGACCCUCAGGAGGGGAAGCUGACUCAGUCUCGAGAGAAAGCACUAAACUCGCUGGGCAUUUGGAAAACUGUAUUUAGAGCUGUUCCUGGGUCUGCAUCAAAGACUGCAGUGGAGUGACAGCUCGAAGAUGGGAGACCAGGAAGGAGGUGAACCUUUUCUGGGGAUAGUGGCUGAUGGUGCCAGAGACUACGAAGGAGCUCUGCCCUCAGACACGGUGUCACUCAGCGAUUCUGACUCUGAUGACUUGGGGCUGGCAGGUGAAGCAGAAGUUGAUACAAUAUCUCCAGAGGAGCCAUCUGUAGAUGAAGGGGAUUUCAGAUUAGGAGACACACCUGACUCUUCAAACAGCGGUCACAGAUCUCCUGUCCAGCCAUUCCAUCUGAAGGGCAUGAGUUCUACAUUCUCCCUCCGUAGCCAGAACAUUUUUGAUUGCCUGGAAGAGGCAGCCAAGCUAUCUGUGCCCUCAAUGCCUGAUGAUAAUGUUGUUGAUGGGAGGUUUAAGCGUCCAUUGCCUCCGACCACAGUUUCAGGUACCCUGGUCCCAGAAAACAUGGGGAGGCAAGCCAGACGAGUGCAGGCUCCCAAAACCUCUCCUGCAGUGCCUGACUAUGUGGCACACCCAGAGCGCUGGACCAAAUACAGCCUAGAGGGAGUUUCAGAGUCCAGUGACAAGACUAACAGGGCAGUGGCCAUGGAAUUUCUAGGUGGUUUGAAGAAAAGAGGGGAGCAACAGAGCUCGGCUUCCCAAGAUAGUUAUGCCCCAUCCUUCAACCAGGACCCUUCCAGCUGUGGAGCUGGGAGGAUUGUCUUCACCAAACCAAUUAAAAGAGGUGUUGAUGGACUGGAAAAGAAAAGAUUGACAGGAGAGGAUGAUAAGAAACAGAUGAAGACAGAUCUGAAAGGAAAAUCUCUUAGGAAGACUGAUGACUUGAAGGAAGAAGAUAAGGUUGAGCUGGGGCACUUAGACAGUGACAGUGGAAAAGCAGCAGAGGAGGAAGAGUGUGUGAUGGAAGGGGACCAGAACACAGAAUACAAACCUGAUGCAAGGCUUGGUGAUACAGGUGAAGAGCCAUCGCUGGGACCAGUUGGAUUCCACUGCAGUAAGAAGAAGAGCAGGAAAAACUUCAGACAUAAAGUAGAUGAAGGGGAGGAGGAAGAGUCCUGAAGGUUGAAGCACAUUGGAGGCAUCCAAGGACUUGUCU